AUGGCAACAGCCUUGUCCACGACCAGCGUGCUUUGCUGGAGGAAUCCGCAGCACGUGCAUGUUCCACCCUCUUCACAGACACUUUGCUACUCCUCACAGCAAAAUGGAAUUCUAACAACUGUGGCUGCUUCAGCCUCAAAAGACGGAGAAAAAAGCGAGAAGUGCUCAACUUUGUUGGUGAGCAGAAGAACAGUUUUGACUUUUGGGGUUUCCUUGUUAGGUUUCCCAGGUGAGAGUUUGGCUGUGGUGAAACAAGGCCUUCUUGCAGGGAGAAUUCCUGGCCUGUCCGAACCAGACGAACAAGGUUGGAGGACAUAUCGCAGGCCAGAUGAAAAGUCUGGUGGACAUGGUGUUGGGUGGAGCCCUAUUAUCCCAUACUCUUUCAGAGUGCCUCAAGAAUGGGAAGAGGUACCAGUAUCAAUAGCAGAUCUUGGUGGCACAGAGAUAGAUUUGAGAUUUGCUAGCUCUAAGGAAGGACGUUUGUUUGUCAUUGUUGCUCCUGUUCUUAGAUUCUCUGACGUUCUUGGUGACAAUGCCACAAUAGAAAAAAUUGGACCUCCAGAGAAAGUGAUCAAUGCAUUUGGUCCAGAAAUGAUUGGGGAAAAUGUUGAAGGGAAGGUUCUGAGCUCUAAUGUAGCAGAACAUGAAGGAAGAACAUACUACCAGUUUGAGCUAGAGCCGCCUCAUAUUUUUAUUACUGCCACUGCAGCUGGCAAUCGCUUAUAUUUGUUUGGUGUAACAGGAAGUGGUCUUCAGUGGAAGAGACACUAUGAUGAUUUGAAGAAGAUAGCUCAGUCUUUUCGGGUUGUAUAA